AUGGCACCUCAGGGAGAUGCUGACCACUGCAGAGACAAGGCCCGCAGGGACCUGCUGGCCCUGCUUGAGGGCGCUCGGGGCAAGAAGAACCUCGUUAUCAGUCAGGAACUGGCCGGUCCAGUCGGUCUCUUCGUCAAAUUCUCCGUACUGCAGGAAUAUGGCGUAGAUCGAGUGUUCUUGCUGGAAAAUGCGAACAUUGACUCGUCUCAGCGCAAUGUCGUAUUCCUCAUUCGGGGCGAGAAGGCGCAGCAUGUGCGUAUUGUCGCAGAACAAAUCAAACGAUUGCAGAACAACGGGAAUGUGGAGCAUGAAUUCUUCAUCUUCUUUACUCCCAGGCGGACCCUUGUGAGCAAUGCCGUACUGGAAGAGGCCGGCAUCACUGGCGAUGUCAAUAUCGCCGAGUUUCCGCUUCAUUUUUUACCGCUUGAACAAGAUAUCUUGUCACUAGAGCUGGAAAGUGCUUUCGGUGACCUUUACUUGAACAAGGACCCCGGAUGUAUCUUCCAUUCUGCCAAGGCGUUGAUGGGAAUUCAACAGCGUCACGGCUAUUUUCCUCGUAUCGUUGGCAAAGGCGACAAUGCACGACGGUUGGCAGAUCUUUUGCUGCGCAUGCGCAAAGAGCUUGAUGCAGAAGAAAGCUCCGGGUUGGCAGAUCCAUCCGCCCGGGGGCUACUUCCCAGUGCAAAUACAGAGAACCUCAUCAUUAUCGACCGUGAUGUGGAUUUUGGAACUCCACUGUUAACGCAACUCACAUACGAAGGCCUGAUUGAUGAAUACGUCGGCAUCAAGAACAACCAAGCUGAUGUUGACACCAGUAUUGUGGGACAGGGACCAGCACCACAGGCCCAAGAAUCAUCUAAGACGCCUCAGCAGGCCAAGCAAGGUCUGAAAAGGAAGAUUCAAUUAGAUGCAUCCGACCAACUGUUCAAUCAGCUGCGAGAUGCAAACUUUGCUAUUGUGGGCGACAUCCUGAACAAGGUAGCCCGCCGCUUAGAAACCGAGUAUGAAAGCCGCCAUACCGCGAAAACCACAAACGAGCUCCGAGAAUUUGUCAACAAAUUACCCACUUACCAGCUGGAGCAUCAAUCGCUUCGGACCCACACUAAUCUCGCAGAGGAGAUCAUGCGUCUGACCCGCUCCGAGACCUUCCGGAAGAUCCUUGAGGUGCAGCAAAACAAUGCCGCGGGAGCCGACCCCACAUAUCAACAUGAAACAAUCGAAGAGCUCAUUGCUCGCGAUGCGCCCCUGAAGAGCGUGCUUCGACUCCUGUGUCUGGAGUCGUGUAUGGCCGGAGGCCUUCGUCCUCGGGACCUAGAAAACUUCAAGCGCCAAGUUGUUCAGGCCUACGGACACCAGCACCUCCUGACUUUCUGGGCUCUGGAGAAAAUGGAACUCCUUCAGCCCCGAUCUUCUGCAACGACCAUGCUUCUCCCCACUUCUGGAUCCCAGGCGGGCACAAAGACUAAUUACGGAUACCUGCGGAAGAACUUGCGUCUCGUCAUCGAAGAAGUCAGCGAGAAAGACCCUAACGACAUCUCUUACGUCUACAGUGGAUUUGCCCCACUCAGCGUGAGAUUGGUCCAGUGCGUAUUGCAAAAGCCAUACAUCUUAUCUCUCAUCAAGGGCGGAUCACCUGUGGCAUCCAUAAACAACGCUAGCACUGCCUCUCCCGGCUGGCUCGGAUUCGAAGACGUGGUCAAGAGUGCUCGGGGAUCCACCUUCAGUAUUGUCCAGAAGGGCGAUGACAAGGCCGUUCGGGCCCGCCAAACUCUUAGUGGUAAUAAUGCUACGAAGGUGGUGUAUGUGUUCUUCCUGGGUGGCAUUACAUUCACGGAGAUCGCUGCAUUGCGAUUCAUUGCGGCCCAGGAGGCGCCACGCCGGAAAAUCAUUAUUUGUACGACCGGUAUUAUCAGUGGCGAUCGCAUGAUGGAAGCCGCUAUUGAGAAGCAGAGCUUCGCAAAAGCCGAGUAG